AUGAAAAGACUGCAGCUCCUCCGAAGGAGCAGUUCGGUCCUGUCGCCGCAGGUCCGGACCGGUACUGGGCUACAGAAACAUAUCUACGCUAGUUUACGGUGGCAGUCGUCCGCCUCGCCUGCUGUUGAAGAACAAGAUGACCAAUUGACUCAAAAGCAAUCGCCUGUUCCACCGCCUCCUUUUCUCAGUCCACGGGAACAGAGACUACGACUUCCGUCUCCGCCUGUUUCGGCCGCACGCGAGUCGGCAAAACUUGCAGCGUUGCAUGCUCGACUUUACCUUCCCUCACGAUUGCCUCUCGAAACACUCGCAAGAACUCUGGUGGAUGCAUCCGCGGAUAGCAAUCCCAAUUUCAAUAACGAAUCUUUGGCCACGCUUGGUCAGGAUCUCCUGACCUACUAUGCCUCCGAACACCUUAUCUGUACAUACCCUCGACUGCCCAUGACCGUUAUAUUUGCAGCAAUGUAUGCGUAUGUUGGGCCUAAAACACUAGCGGCAAUGACGAGGGAAUGGGGCGUGGAACUUGCUGCUACUCCUGGCGGAGAGGUGGACCCGGGCUUCCUUCAGUUCAAAAGAGUUCUCCCCGGUACCGAAUUGAACACGGGAGAAGAGGAAGAAGUCAGAACAACGAGGCCUAGUAAUUAUCAGAGCUCGUGGAGGAAGGGGCUGACCUCUAGAAUUGUGUACGACGAUGAAUUCGGCGAACCUGUCAAGGCCCCUACGAAGCCAUCUUCGCCUGCGGACGCCGCGAAUACCCCUGGUGUGACUGCUGAACAAGCCAGCGCCACUUUCAUUCGGGCUGUUAUGGGUGCCAUUUAUCUCCACGCUGGCCGCCCUGCUGCCAAACGCUUCUUCGAACAACAUAUUCUUUCCCGGCACCUAAAUAUCUCGGAACUAUUCAACUUCUCCCAGCCCGCUCGUGAUCUGAGCCGAUUGUGCGCCAGGGAGGGCUUUGAGCGCCCUGUCGCAAAGAUAAUCAGCGAGACCGGUCGGAAGAGCAGGCACCCUGUCUUUGUUGUUGGUAUAUACUCUGGUGAGGAUAAACUGGGAGAGGGCGCUGGCGCCAGUCUUAUGGAGGCUCGAACCAGAGCUGCAGUGGCAGCGCUCAAGGGGUGGUACUUGUACAGCCCACUGACUGUGCGUGUGCCCAGCUCUAUGGAGGAGAAAGGUGCAGCACCUUGGAAGCCUGUCUACGUGGAUCUGGGCGAGGUGAUUGUAUGA